AUUCAAGCACAGGCUCAACAGAUAGAUGAAACUCAUUUCAUUUUCAACAUAGAAAACCCAGAGAAUCUAAACCAUGUGGUGAUAUUCCUACUGGGUACUAUACCUUUCCCGGAUGGCAUGGGAGGGUCGGUACAUUUCAGCUGGCCGAGCCCCGAGGGACCACAGUGGCAGUUGUUAGGGCACAUCUCAAACCAAAAACCAAGUGCUAUUUUCAAAAUCACAAAAAUCAAACCAGAUGACCUUUUAAGCUCUGGUCCAUUUGGUAUGAUGGCAGCGCAGCAGUCCUUUCAAAGUAACACAAUAUCUCAGAUUGGUAUUGCAGUUGAACCUCUCGCAACUAUUGUACAACAGACUCCCGCUGCUGGUACACAA